AUCUCUCAUUACCCUCUCAAACCUCAAAGCACACCCUCCCACUCACUCACUACCUAAGUAACUAACAUGCGCACGAUUGAACAUUAUCGUUCAGCUUCCGUUGCUAAAAUGAGCAUGGUGCGUGAUUCGCCCGCUUACUUAGCCUGAUUUCAUCUUCUUUCUCCCUUUAUAAAAAAAAAGGAACCGUCUUUUGGCUCAGUUCCUCUCCUUUUCUCUCUUGUUUCAGAUUUCUUUAGCUGAGAUUGAAAGAUUCUUUAUAUCCGAGUGAUGCAGAGAUCAAUUAUUGACAACAAGAACCAAUGUCUUCUGACAUAAGCUAAACUCUCUUCUUACAACCUCUUUCUCUCUCUCUCUCUCUCUCUCUGCUUCCUUUUCCUCUCUCUUCUCCUUGUAAAGUUUUGAACUUUAGUUCGUGAACUAGAAAUGGCGGCAGCUCAAGGCAACAGAUCUAUCUCGCUGGUUCUGUUUCCAACUGUUUGAAAGUCUGGUUCUUUGGACAGAGGCUAGGGUUGUUAAAUUAGAUUCCUUUUGGGCUUUUUGGGGGAAAAGGAAUGGGUAAGAGGCAAAUCUCACAGGAUGAAGUAGGACCGCCGAUAAAUCCAAGAGCUGGAUUACGAAGAGAACAAGCUGGAAGAGGUUCAUACAGGGGUAGUUAGUCACUUUGUAGCUUACCCGAAGGUCAAAAAGGUUUUUUUUUUUUUUUUUUUUUUUUUUUUUUUGUGUUUGGGUAGACAAGGACUGUCUUGUUUCGAACUUAUAAAAGAAUCAAGGGAAAGGGUUUUGUGUUUUUAUUUGUCCGGAGAGUUCUCAUCUCUCUUUGUCUCCCUUGAGUCGGACAUUAGUGAAGAGGGGGAGGGGGUUUGGUUUUUGCCCUUUAGAAUGGGUUCUACUUCUCAAGAGAUACUGAGGAGUCUUUGCUCCAACACGGAGUGGAAGUAUGCUGUGUUCUGGAAACUUAACCAUCCAUCUCGAAUGGUACUUACCUUGGAGGAUGCUUACUAUGACAAUCAUGGGCACUACAACUCACCAAAAAACAUGCAUGGAGCACAUGACCCACUGGGUUUAGCUUUGGCGAAGAUGGCUUAUCAUGUCUAUUCUCUAGGGGAAGGGAUUGUAGGACAUGUUGCGGUUUCUGGAGAACAUCAGUGGGUAUUCCCUGAUUAUUAUGACAACUGGUACUCAGCCUCAGAGUUUCAUAACGUUUGGGAGAGUCAAAUAUCUGCUGCAAUCAAGACCAUUCUUGUAGUACCUGUUGGUCCCUGUGGUGUUGUGCAGCUAGGCUCUUUGCUUAAAGUUGAUGAAGAUGUGACAUUGGUGAAUCAUAUCAAACACAUGUUUUUGGCACUCAAGGAUCCACUGCCAGAUCAUGAAGAAAAUUUAGUGCAAUGUAAUAUGAACAAUUCGUUUUAUCUGCCAAAAUUACCUUCUGAAUGUUCGCAUGUUGAGGCUUUCCCUAACUGCUCUGGGGAAGUUGGCAAAGCUAUGGACGUGGAAGAGUCAAGUUUUCUAACUCAAUAUCCUAAUUUACAUCCGUAUUUGAAGAAUCAUGUGCUCAACAACACAAGCUCAUCUACUUUAGCAAUUGACACUGAAAGAUUGAUAACAGAUCAGUCAUAUCCAGGCCUGGACUCAACUUUUCAUACUUUAUCGACUGAUAACGAAAAGUCAAGUCGAUUUGAUGCUUUGAUCUCAUCUGGAUAUAAUUUCCCUGGCAGCGAGCUGUUAGAGGCAUUAGGCUCUGGUUUCAAGCAAACGAGCAGAGGUCUCGAGGAGCUAGUGAAGUCUGAACAUGGCUCAGCAACAAGACCAACAGAUGAUAAUAUGAGUCAUAGCCAGCUUACGUUUGACUCUGCCCCUGAGAAUCUUUUAGAUGCUGUGGUUGCUAAUGUUUGUCAUAGCGAAGGCAAUGCCAGAGAUGAUAUCUUCUCGAGCAAAUCUGUACAGUCAUUUCUUACCAGCAUGGAAAUGGCAGAACCCUCAGGUCAAAACAAGCAUAUUGUUAGUAACCCAAAUGAUAGAGCUAUGAAUCAGCCACUAGUAGAGGUGGAUACUCAACAGAAUCCGUCAGAUAUCUGUGGAGCAUUUUCUUCCAUUGGGUUCUCAUCAACGUGUCCCAGCUCCUCUAGUGAUCACUUUCAGACAUCCCUGGAGAUGCCUAAGAAGAACAAAAGGAGGGCUAAACCUGGUGAAAGUUCUCGGCCUCGCCCAAGAGACAGGCAACUCAUUCAGGAUCGAAUCAAGGAACUUCGAGAACUUGUGCCUAAUGGAUCAAAGUGCAGUAUUGAUUCUUUGCUAGAACGCACGAUCAAGCACAUGCUCUUUCUGCAGAAUGUUACUAAGCAUGCUGACAAGCUCAGUAAAAGUGCCAAUGCAAAGAUGCAACAAAAGGAAACUGGCGGGCAAGGUUCAACCUGCGCAGUGGAGGUUGGAGGCCAUCUGCAAGUGUGCUCUAUAAUCGUGGAGAAUCUGAACAAGCAUGGGAUGGUGCUUAUCGAGAUGUUAUGUGAAGAGUGUAGCCAUUUUCUUGAGAUAUCAAACGUGAUCAGGAGCUUGGAUCUUACCAUUUUGAGAGGCGUCACCGAGGCUCAGGGAGAUAAAACAUGGAUAUGCUUUGUAGUUGAGAGUCAAAGCAACAAAGUGAUGCAGAGAAUGGACAUUUUGUGGUCUUUGGUUCAAAUAUUUCAGCCAAAGGCCAAUGGCAAGCCGUAGUUGGUUACUUGGUUCGGAAAGGCUUUGGGUUUUUAGGUAUAAAAUUUAGCUCUCAGUGUGCAUUUUGGAGCUUUAGUGUGUUUCUGAUUGCAUGUUGUUUGCUUUGGAGUUUGGAUCCUUUUGAAUUACACAGUAAAAUAUUAUUAUAUAUAUAUAUAAAUCAAAUCCCCUUAAUGUUGUAUUCUUAUUUCCUUAUUAACUUGAAACUUUUUUUU